CAUUCCAACCUCCUUCGACUCCUCGCCAUCACCACCGAGCCGAAAUCUGGUGACUUCUGCAUGGUAACAGAGUUUGCUUCCAUGGGUUCGUUGGACACACAUUUGUCGGAACUUGCCGAAAGGAAGACGACGAUCAGUCCGUUGGUGCAGCUGCAAGUGGCCAUGCAGAUUUGUGAAGGGAUGGUACAGCUUGCCCUGUAUGAGGUGGUGCAUCGAGACCUCGCAGCAAGGAACGUGCUUGUCUUCAGUCUAGUCCCGCAGGAUCACCUCAGGGUGAACGUCAAGAUAGCCGACUAUGGGCUGUCGAUCAUGGCCUCCCGCGGGUAUGGAGAAGGAGCUGGGGGCGUGAGCACGGCAGGAUCGACAAUUCGACCAGUCCGAUGGUUGGCACCAGAAUGUAUUCAGCGACGACGUUACUCGGAGAAGAGCGAUGUGUGGGCGUUCGGCGUUACCCUAUGGGAGGUGUGGACAUACGCUAAAGUUCCGUUCUACAACACUUCAGAUGAAGAAGUGGAACAGAAGGUGCUCACGGGCUCGCGACUUUCUCAGCCCCAGUCAUGCCCUGAUCAAGUAUACAGCAUCAUGCAGGAAUGCUGGAAGGAGAAGCAGUCAGACCGGCCAGAAUUCAAAGAUUUG